AUUCUCAUUCUGAUCAGGGCUGCGUUUGAUUUUUGAGUUGUUGAGCUUGGAUUAUCAUGACAUGAUUAUGUGAGAGGAGGAAAUUGCAUUGUAGUUCUCAUUCUGACAGCUCACAGUUACAAACUAUUCUCAUGAUCUGAGGACGAAUUUCAGUUUGCAGGGGUCCUGCACAACAACUACUCCUGAUGGUCAGUCCGUGUAUGCCUGGCAAGCUAAUUAUUUAGAUUUAGCUCCAUGCAUUUGUUGAACUCAACCCAUGUUUGUAAUCGUAACCCUUGCCUCUGUUUUCGCCGUUGACAUGAAAGGCCUUUUGGCAUGGACGGGUAAACAUCAUGGAUUUCGCAAUUAUUUGCUAAUGGAGACUCCUAGCAUCUAUGCUGCCCACCCGGCCGUAUAACCUGUGGGAGUGCAAGUGUGUCGAUCACUCUGGUUGAUAUGGCUAGCAGAGAUUCCAUCCUGAGUACAUUUGUCCAGCGUUCUGGAGCGGAACCUGGCUUGGCGAGGGACAUAUUAGAUGCUUCCAACUGGGAUGUCAGUGCUGGUUUGGAGACGUAUUGGAAUUUAGUACCUGUUGAGGAGCGGAUGAAAUCUCCUGAGUAUGCUGCUAAAUCUGGCUCUAACUCAUCUGCGGGCGGCGAGUCCAGAGAUGCACAUGCUAAUAGAUUGCAGGAGCGUAGACUACGCUCCCUUUCAACGUUUAACCAGAGCAUUGUGUCGGCGGUUAGUGCCAAGCUAGAGACUGGCACACGCAUUGUAACCGACAUUGAGCGGCGCCUGUCCCUGUCUAAUCCGGCACCUGGCCAGUCCAAGCCAGAUGCGGACUGCACCGAGCAGCAGCCACAGUCGUCAACCAAUAAACUUGAGUUCUCCAAUAUGACCAUGAUGCUGCCAGACUUUCGAUCUCUGCCGAAUGUCUUUGUGGAGUUCAUAGAGGAAGAGCUAUUGGACAAAAUGAUGUUAUCGGCAUUGGAGUCGUCUGGUUCGUUGAACUGGCUUUCUGCCAAAUUUCCGGCAAGUCGCUUGUUUCCACUGCGUACCAGCGGAGAUGGCAAUUGUCUACUUCAUGCUGCAUCGCUGGGCAUGUGGGGCUUUCAUGACCGCUUGCUACGUCUUCGGACAGAUGUGGAGAAUCUGCUGACAGGAAAGAACUCGUCAACGCGUGCAAUUUCCAAUAGCAUCUGCCGCCGGUGGGCAUGGGACAUCUCGUGGAAGAAUGCCAACAACAACACCUGUCUGGUGUACACCAGUGCCGAAUGGGAACGCGAGUGGUCAGAAGUCACCGCCAUUGCGUCUAGUGCCGAACUGAGGGGACAGGCCGAAGCUGCAAGCGAUCAAGGCCCUGUGUACAGCAGUUUAGAAGAGGUUCACGUCUUCACGCUGGCUCACGUGCUGCGUCGUCCUAUCAUCGUCGUCGCUGACAAGUAUUUGAUGAAUGCGUUUGGCGAGAGGAUAGCACCUAUACCAUUCAGUGGUAUAUAUCUGCCGCUGCUGAUUCGCCCGGACCGUUGUUUCACCAAGGUACCGCUGGUGCUGGCUUUCGACUCGCUUCACUUUGCUGCGUUAGCAGCAAUCGACCGUAAUCUGGACGUGCUGUCACUGUGGGCUCCGACUUCUGUGGAGUUGCUCAAAACCUUCUCACCACCAGAGCCGAACACACAACCACCAAUCACGGAGAACCUGGUGUUGCCGCUGGAACGGCAGAAUGGCGAGCUCUUGCCGAUCAUGUUCAGCUUUGAUCCAGGUAGGGGCUGGCGUCAUUACGAGGCGCUCAAUUUGGAUGGUGACUUUGCCGUCCGUUACGCCGACUUCAAGGAGAAAGUCUUGCCCACGCGUAUCAGCGACUACCUGAACUUGACGGAGGUGGUUGUUUACGAGAAUGACGCGCCCAGACACGUGCUGUGUGCGAACAUGUCACCGAUCAUAAAGCCACCUCACCUGCAACGCAUGCUGCACCGCUACUUCACCUACCGGGAAGAGGAGUAUGCAGAGGCAGUUGCAGCUAAGCAGGCGGAGACAAAACUGGCAGCGGCCAGAGCAGCGGCAGCAGCAGAAAGAUCUUCCGCAAGUGACGAUACAGAUCCGAGUGAGGUUUCUUCACCACCCUCCUCAUCUGCUGCAUCUUUCUCCUCGCCGUCAGCUGUGCCAUCUGGCCCUUGUCGUACGGACGGCUGCAACAUGUAUGGGAGUAAGCAGCACCUGGGAUUCUGCUCAAUGUGUUACCAGAGGUCCAUUGGUGCGUACGGCGCGGCAGUCUCCCCCACACCACUGAGCGAACACAAUGCCUCAACCAGCCCCAAACUGCCCACCCGCUCUGCAGCGUCUGGUAAGCCUGGCGCCACCAAGCAGGCUUCCAACCCCUGUGAAAUCUCGCCCAUACCUGAGGAGUCAGCGCUGGCCGACUGGGUGGACGUCAGUGAUUACGUGUGCUGCAAUGUGCCCGAUGCAAGCAUUAACCAAGCUAGCAGCGUGUCACCUGCUACCUCACCCGCACCAAUGCGUGCUGCUGCUGAUGCUGCUGCUGCUGUUCCACAGUCGCAUGACGAGCACAAGGAGAUGGCACCCACAACGUCUGGUGGCUCGGCUGUUCGCAAUCUCCGCCGUCGCCUCGCAAAACUGAAGCCCGGGAAGAAGGUCAAGAAUGGCGGCGUAGCUGCAUCACAAUCCACUGGUAGCAACCCAUCAUCCUUGAAUGGAGCAGCGUCUGCAUCAGAAUCAUCAGCUGCUGCUGCUGCUGGUAUGAGUAGCAGCAGCGUAACGAGUGUUGAGAAUAUGAGCAGUGGCAGCAGCAGUACAGCAGGUAGCAAUCCUGUAUCUCGUGUGGGAUCAACUCCGGAUGUCACCUCUCAGCUUCCAUCCACCAGCAAGAAGCCCAAACAGAAGCAGAUCCGGGCGGGCAGCUUUUUCCGCUCUUCAAGGAAGUCGCCGACGCUGGGCCGCUCCUCUACCGACCCAGUCAUGAAGUCUGCCAGUGCUGCUCCGGCUCCAUUGGAUGUCUUGCACAAUCAGAUGGCCAUCCUGAGACUACAUGAAGGCCAGGAGGCAGCGGUGCAGGUGCCAGCAUCCAAGCAAAAGAGCCUGGUAUGACGGCAUCUCUUUUGCCGGAUGGUUCACCUUGAUGUUGCGUUCACUUCAGAAGUUCACCUAGCUCUCUGUAGUACUGGGUGUUAGCAUUUAAAUCGAAUAUGUUGCUCUCCAUGACCAGAUUCAGGAGAGCGUCAGUCGAUUGGUCUCCGUUGCACUUGAUAGUGUUGUGUAUUGCAAGGCUGCGUGCUCUGUGUUGGCACUACAAGCUACACGCCGCAGUCCCACUGCCUGCAGUGCAUUGUGUUGGAGGACGCUAUCACUGCAAUGUGCUAGCCGCUACUGCUAUCACAGCUUGAGAGCCUAUUGGCACACGAGACUGGUGCUGAUGUUGGCUGCUGACGCCAUGUGUGGACGGCUGGUCGCGCUAUAGGCGUACUUGAGUGGCAAUAUGCACCCCGCCAGCUGUCCUUGUUGAGCAAUGUUCCAGUGUCAUAUCCUAACCAUGCAGACUAGCCACACAGACCAAUCAUGCAGACUAGCCACACAGACCAACCGUACAGACUAGCCACACCGACCGAUUCUUACAGACUAGCCAUACAGACUAACCAUGCAGACCAAUCAUACAGACCAAUCAUACAGACUAUCCAUGCAGACUGUCCUUACAGACUGUCCUUACAGACUAACCAUACACGCAACCUGCGCACACUAACCAUACAUCUAUUUUCAUACACACCGGUACCAGGUACUGCAGGAACACAACCACAACAGUGUCCUUUACAAAACAUAUUUCUUAUUGAGUUGUUGUUUUUUUGCACAUCAAAGCCUGCUAUUGAAUCAAUCUCUUGACUCUUGGACGAAGUCAUAAAUCCUAUUCGUGAACAAGUGCAUGCUGUCUUUACACAUAUCUUUUUUGGAGUGUUACGUUUUUAACCAUGAUCUAGUCAUUGCUUCUUUCCUGAUCCGUUAUUUAUUAGAGCAGUCUGCAUUUUACCCGUGAUUUUAGGCAGUGGUGCCAACUUGCUAUUUCUUUAUGCUUGUCAGCUCGUUCGCUCACUUGAUUCCUCUUUCGAAUUGCGCUUGCCCACGGCAAGCCCUCCCUCCCUGCGUGCUAAUCGUACAGCUGUUUAGAUUUUAUUUGCCUGCAUUCCAUUCCCAGUCUUUACAGUGCUCUGUUAUUUUUACUUCAGAUUUUUCCUGCCGUGCGCGCGCUGUGAGUAUUUGUACUACCGUGGGAUGAUGGCUCGAGUUUGCCCAGUGUGUUCUCUGAUUCUUGAUAUCAAACUUUUCGUUUCCGUUACGCUUCCUUGAAGUAUUGUUAGUAUAAGCGUUUGUGCUCUUCCUCUAAUGGCAUUUGGAAUUCUAGCCAGUGUAGUAGUA